AUGAGUAUAUAUAAUGAUCUUAGCAGGGAACUUUCUAAAUACAAUCAAUACGAAUAUUCUAGUUUCAAAAAUGUAGAAUUUAUUGGACAAGGUGGUUUUCGAAAGGUAUAUGGUGCUGUCCAUAAUGAUAUUACAGUCGCAUUAAAAUCUUUCAACUAUCAUGAUGCAGCGAUAAAGGAAAUUGUUAGAGAGAUUAAAUUGCAACAUCGAGGUACAAUUCACCCUAAUAUAAUAAAAUUUUAUGGUAUCACCACAAAACAAGAUGAAAAUGAUCCAAAUUUUAUACAAUAUAUAUUAGUUCUCGAAUAUGCAGAUAGUGGAGCUUUAAGAUCAUUUUUACGUAAAAAUUUUUCUUCUCUCACUUUUAAUGAUAAAUUUAAUUUAGCACUUCAGCUUGCAAGUGCUGUAGCCUAUUUACAUUCAGAAGAAAUACUUCAUUGUUGUUGGGACGAUGAAAUUGAAAAAAGAUCUGAUAUUCAAGAAGUUGUUCAAAGAAGGGAUGGAAUUAUUGGUAUAGAUGGUAGACCAGGUGGCAAUGCAAGUUUGCCUACUCCUGGCGAAAACGGGAAAGUUGUAGAAUUUAAAUUAAGCCCCUCAGCAAAACCCGGGCAUUUAUUUAUUAAUGAAACGGAAUGUUAUCUUGGAAAAAGCGGGAUGAUAAAUUUUUAUGCAAAAGGUGGGCUGGGCGGCAAUGGUGCCAAUGGUGGGCGAGGUAUUGAUGGCAAAGAUGGAAGUGAUGGACAUAGAACGAACAACUCUCAGGCAACUGAUGGAGAGAAUGGAGGAGAUGGCGGGAAUGGUGGGAAUGGCAGCAGUGGAGCUGAUGGUGGGAAUGGAGGCAAAAUUACGAUCAUAACGUCGAAAGAAUAUGUAUAUUUGUUCUUGUUUGUCGGUCAAUAUAAUGUAGAAGGUGGAUCAGGAGGUGUUCCUGGAAUAAAUGGUGAAGGUGGUAAAGGGGGUAAAGGUGGUAAAAGAGGAGGACGUAACCUCUGGAUGGAGUUGGACGGAAGGCCCAGAUACUCAUCUACUGGAUUUGAUGGCUUGGAUGGUAAAGAUGGCUUACCUGGAACUGCACAUUUAACUUAUGGAAAUGAUGGCUCCAAAGAAGCACAAAAUUUUAGUGGGAUAUUUGAACCAGGAAGUAAGAUGAUUAUUCAUAGUAUGGAAUUUCACAACAGUGGAAAAAUGCCUACGCCCAUAAAUGGCAUUAUUAUUUUAAUUCAAAAAUCAGAAAUAAUUGUUAAUAGUCCAAAUGAACAGCAAUUAGUAGUUAGAUAUCCAGUUAAAAUUAGCGAAAUCUUUGCACUACGUAACCCAGGUGAUUCAAAUAUUUACGAUCUAUUUUGGUUUGUAAUAAAUAUAGGAAAUUCUGAUCUAGGAGAACAAUCAGAAUGCAAUAGAAUGAUCAGAAUGAUAUUGUAUAAGGAUGAGGAAUUAUUGACAUCUUUUGAUGUUCACCUAUUGCGCUCGGGUGAGAAGAGACAAAUGAAUAGUAGAGUUAGUCUCGAAGAAAAUAAGCAUGAAAGGUUUUUAAUUAUCUUACAAAUAGGUAAAAUGGAUCAACCAUAUUCUCUAAAAUCAAUUCAAAGACGAAGUUUUCAAAUAAACCCUGAAAAAAGUUCUAAACAUGAUUUAAUUUUUGACAAGAAUCAUGCAAGUACAAACAGAGAGUCCACAAAUGUUGAUAAGUUGGUAUUGUUAAAUGUUAUAUUGUCAAACCAUGUCGAUUCAAAAAAUGUACUAAUUGAAGGAACUAUGAGAAUUGACGAUUUCAUUAUCGUGUUAAAUCUUAAAUUUUGUAUUCCAACCGAUGGGUAUAUUUACAUAAUGUCAAAGCACGGAGAUAUAACAAUUACAGUAAGUGAAAAUGAGAGAUAUUUGCUACUUUUACUGGCAAGGACGGAAGACAAAUCUUUAGUUUGGAAAUAUAAUGAAAUUAAUGAAAAACAUAAUAGAAUAGAUAAAUUUAAUCAAAUUUAUAGAUUAGAACUUGAUACUUUUGAAUUUUAUAAGAUUGAACCUAUGGAUUCUAGUGAAGUUUACGAACCCGGUUCGCGCGUAGUCAUUCGUAAAAUCAAGAUAAAAAAUACUGGUGGAAUGUCCAUCCCUGACAAUUACGAUAUUCGAAUUUCUAUUUUGGAUACAACUGGAAUAACACCUGUUUUUAAUCGUACCUUGGUUUUGCCGCGAGCAAUUAAAGCUCAUAAUAGAGCAACAUUAGAUUUUAAGGGCAAAGACUCAGUUGGUUUUGAAAUUGAUAAACAAAAUCAACUCGCCUAUAAUUCUUCAUUUCAAGUAGAGUAUAUUAUCAAUUUGAAAGCUGUCAUGUGUGGAAUAGAACGUCAGAUAACUUCAUUCACACUACCGAAAAAGCUUGUGGUUAGGUUUCCUGUUCAAAUAUGUUCCAAAGUUGGUAUCAGAUGUAUUCCAAAUAAAGAUUUGACAACAAUUGGAUUGAGACUGGAUAAUAUUAGCAAAAUUUCAUUGGGAUCAAAUUCAGUCUCGAAACGAGCUUUAAAAGUCAAAUUUACUCUUGAAAAAACAAAUCCUCCUAAUAGUUUAGCUUUUAAGGGAGGUAAUAAUUCAGAAAAUACGUCAUUAAUAAUGGAUGCUCCACAUUUGGAAGCCAAUAAAUCAUUGACCAUGUAUUGCAAUUUGAUUGCAACCAACGGCUUUAACAAUAAUCCUCUGACAACUAUUAAAGCCAAUCUUUCAGCCACACUUCAACUUGAGACUGCUGAUAGUUUGGCCAAUAUUCUAUGUGGAAAAACUAUUGUUAUUCUCAAUAAUCAAUUUGAAGAUUUAGAAAGUGUUUUAAGAAUGACCGAAGGAAUAAAAACUUAUAGCCAAGCAUUGGAUUUCAUUGAACCAAAUCAUAUUCAUGAAGCCGCUUGUAAUUAUGGCAUUAAAUUCUUUAUUAUCGGACCAGUUAUUUGUCAAAAUAAGUUGGAAAAGUUGAUAAUUCCAUUAAUUCCAAAAGAUGAAGUUUUUCCAAGCAUUAUAACAAUUGAAAAAUAUUUCAAACUUAAGAAAGAAAUAAUCGAAAAUGGAAAUGAAGAUAAUGAUUUAUUAAGGGAUAAACCACGUCAUGAACAAAUCCAAUUUAUACCUGUCUUUGGUCACUCGUAUGAUGAUGACAAAAUCAUUUUCUGCAGAACUUACGAUAGAACUCAAAGGCAUUUAGUGUAUCUAAACGUCAAAGGUGAUAAAAUUCAUAGAAAAGAACAGAUUAUUAACAGGAUUAAUAUCGUUGGAUUUUUAUCGUGCAUAUCAUUUACUAAACGACUCGAAAAAUUAAGGUCAUUAAUACUUACAUCAGUUAAAAAAGAGUCUUUAGAUAAGGAGAUUUUAAUUUUAUUAAAGGAAUUGGUAGAAGUUGACUUGUCAAUUGAAUUUGUAAGUUUAUGCGGAACAUGUGAAAUAUUGAAUAAAAAUUCCGAGGGACAAUUUUCUAAAAUUUUGAUUAAAUUUAAAUUUUGUGAAUUUGCAGUAAACGUUGUAGCUAAAAUAAGAUUAUUGGAUAACGUUCACGCAAGUUGGAUAUUUCAAGUCAUGGCAAAAUUGAAAGUGUUACUUGAAUUUGAUGAAAUGCCUAAACCUUAUAAGAAUAAACGAAUUGACAAAUUGCAAAGAAUUAUACAAUCUGAGUAUCAAAAGAUUUUUAACACGAUCACUAUGAAUACUCGAGAACUCAAAAAAUAUUUACCUUCGCUAAAACAUUCGACUCGAAAAUUAAAAUUCGCCGGAAAUUUAAUGAUGAAAAGUUUCCAUGAUCUCUCAGAAUUAAUAAACGCAUGGAAUUAUUUUUCAAAUGAAGAAGUUUAUUUUACUGAAAAGAAAUAUAAGGAACUCAUGGAAAAUCAUGAAAAUUUAUUUUUUACUAUUAGUAAAAAAACAGCUACUUUUCUAGAAUUCAUAAAUAAUCAAAGACUGUCUUAA